GCUGUCUAAUCUGUCUAGUCAGUGUGUCUCCUUAAUAAGUCUCUCUCACUUAGUCACUUGUAACAAAAAAAGCUCCUCUCUUUCUCCUUUGCAUGUUUGGUUCUGAUAACGAGGAAACAAAAACCAAAUGGGCAUCAACCACCUCUUUCGAUCCACUUUCAGAACCCAGCUUGGUUCAUAUGUAAAACAUGUCACUGCUUCAACAAGUUUGCAGGAGCCUCUACUUUGGGUUCCCAUACUGGCCAGAUUAAGUAGUACGGGGGCAUCUUUGCAAAAGGAAGAUUCAACUAGUGAUUUGAAAAAUAAUCAGGGGUUUAAGGGGCAUGAUAUGCUUGCACCUUUCACAGCUGGGUGGCAGUCUACUGAUUUGCAUCCUUUGGUUAUAGACAGGUCCGAGGGUUGCUAUGUUUAUGACAUCAAUGGGAAAAAAUAUCUUGAUUCUCUUGCUGGUCUGUGGUGCACUGCAUUAGGGGGAAAUGAACCUCGACUUGUUGCUGCUGCAACUGAACAGUUGAAUAAGUUGCCGUUUUACCACUCCUUUUGGAAUCGUACUACAAAACCUUCUCUGGAUCUAGCAAAGGAACUUCUAGAAACUUUUACGGCAAAAAAAAUGGCUAAAGCCUUCUUUGUAAAUAGUGGAUCAGAAGCCAAUGAUACUCAGGUGAAGCUGGUUUGGUAUUAUAAUAACGCUCUUGGAAGACCAACUAAAAAGAAAUUUAUUGCUCGAUCAAAAUCGUACCACGGUUCAACUUUGAUAUCAGCUAGUCUUUCUGGCCUUCCAGCUUUGCAUCAAAAAUUUGAUCUGCCAGCUCCAUUUGUAUUGCAUACUGACUGCCCUCAUUACUGGCGCUUUCAUCUUCCAGGUGAAACGGAGGAAGAGUUCUCAACCAGAUUAGCCAUUAAUUUGGAGAAUCUUAUCCUCAAAGAAGGACCAGAGACGAUUGCUGCAUUCAUUGCUGAGCCUGUCAUGGGGGCAGGAGGUGUGAUACCUCCCCCUGCUACUUAUUUUGACAAGAUUCAAGCUGUUGUGAAGAAAUAUGACAUUCUUUUUAUAGCAGAUGAGGUAAUUUGUGCGUUUGGAAGGCUGGGCACAAUGUUUGGGUGUGACAAGUACAACAUAAAACCAGACCUUGUGUCUCUUGCAAAGGCCCUUUCUUCUGCUUAUUUGCCCAUUGGAGCUGUGCUUGUGAGCCCUGAGAUAUCAGAUGUCAUACAUUCUCAAAGCAGCAAACUUGGCAAUUUUUCUCAUGGAUUUACUUAUUCUGGACACCCCGUAUCUUGUGCAGUUGCAAUUGAAGCUCUUAAGAUCUACAAGGAAAGAAAUAUUGUUGAGCAAGUAAAGAGCAUUUCCCCUAAAUUUCAAGACGGAUUAAAACCAUUCUCAGACAGUCCCAUAAUUGGGGAGAUAAGGGGAACUGGCUUAAUACUUGGUACAGAGUUUGUAGAUAACAAAUCACCUAAUGAUCCGUUCCCUCCUGAGUGGGGGAUAGGCGCUUAUUUUGGAGCGCAGUGUGAGAAGCAUGGAAUGUUAGUACGUGUGUCAGGAGACAAUAUAAUGAUGUCUCCUCCAUUUAUUAUUACCCCGAAAGAAAUUGACGAGUUAAUAAGCAUUUACGGGAAAGCAUUGAAGGCUACUGAAGAGAGGGUGAAGGAGCUCAAGUCUCAGCAGAAAUAGACUGUGGCUGCCUGACAAUGACGAAAAUCAUCUAGCUUCAUGUAAAACAGAAGAAUCUAUGUGCUAUUAUGACUUGUAACUAAAUAAAGUAUCUGAUUUGUCAUGCCUUGUGGUAAUUUAUCUCAGAUUUUUCCACUUCAA